UCGACAACUUAAUGCAGUCACGGCCAGCGGCCCAGAGCUCCACCACCUGGAACUUACGUCUAUCCCAUCAUCGACCACUGCCUCUCUCCUCCUCCGCUUUACACAUCUCAUCAACUUUCAUGGUCUUUUGGCUACUCUCAUCAUUUGGCCAUCAAAUUAGUCGUAUAGCCCUACAUUACCAGGGGCCAAGUCCAAGUCCUAUUUGGUAACUGCACCUCAGAAGAGGCGGUCACGCAGUCGCACCGCUUCACCCUCUCUCUUAUCAGCGCCGGUUUCGCUUCGAGAGCUCCUAGAAGUGCAACUCCCGGUUCAUUGAAUCAUGGAGAGCACUAGCACCCAGCCGGCGUCGCCGCUCGACGCGAGCAUCACCGUCAAGGUGCACUUUGAAGGGAGCACCCGAAGGGCUAAGAUGCCUUUGCGGGACACCGCUCCCACGGUUCUCCAGACACAGAUCCGGGCUUUCCUCCGGAUUCCCAACGAGACCGACAUCAUCAUCGAGCGUUACUCCGAUUCCGCUGCUGCCUAUGUUUGGCUCGACCCAAACAACCAGGCUGUCCACAAGCAGCUUUACCGUGCUGCCAAGGCAAAGUCAAAGCUCAAGCUUCGUGUAUCUAUCAAGAAGAACCUCGACGAAGAGAAGACGUCUGGCCCGCAGCCCGUAUCGAUCGAAGAUGUGCCCGAGGGCAUUAUCGCGCCUCUGAACCCUACACCGUCUGAGCAGACAUCAAGCCUCCCGAAGAUUCCCGAUUCCCAGGCUUUCGCCGAGCACCAGCGGGAGGCCCGUCGCCUCCGAGAGCAGAUCUCUAGAACCAUGUCUGCCAUGGCCGUCCCAAGCGAGCCGGAGUUGAAGUACACUCAGACCACGCCUGAAGAUGCUACUGAGCCCGUGGCGGAGGAGCGGGAGCAGCUUGAAACCGCUACUCCCUUCUCUUCCAGUCCGCGUUUUGCUAUCUGCUGCAACAGCUGUCAUCAGCAGACCUCUCACGCCCACUAUCACUGCUCUACUUGUGAAGACGGCGACUUUGACCUCUGCAUGGGCUGCGUUGACUCGGGCGUCACUUGCUACAGCACGGAACAUUGGCUUAUCAAGCGCACCAUGGUCGAGGGCAACAUUGUGAGCAGCACAACCGAGAAGCUUGCUCCUAAGCCCAAGCCCAAGCCCAAGCCCGAGGCUAGCGAACCGAUUGGGAUGUGCCCGGGAGUGCGCAUGUGGUCGAGUCAAAGCGUAAACCCGCAUGAUGACAUGACUUCACAGCUCGAAACCCUCAACUUGCCGCUUCAGCUUGCCGAACCGUCCACAGUGGACGAGGGUGCCAAUUGGGCUCAGUUGGAAGAGAAGUUUGCCAGCCUGAAUGUUGGCGCCAGCUUGUCGAACUACUUCGCUGCCGGUAUCCGCACCUGCAACAGCUGCAUUCGAGAGCUACCAGAGGCAAAGUUCAUGCACUGCCAAGUCUGCCCUGACUUUGAUCUGUGCCUAGACUGCUUCCCCAAUGACAUUGAUGGGCAUCACCCGACGCACCGCUUUUCGCCUGCGGUGGCUGGCACGUACAUCCCUGACUUGGUUCGCGCAAAGAUGUCUCCUGGCCGCAACCAGGCGCAUCAGGCUAUUUGUGAUGGCUGCGACAAGUUCAUCGUCGGCAUCCGCCACAAAUGCCUCGAUUGUCCUGACUGGGACUUUUGCAACGAUUGUGCUCCCAACGCAGACCUCAUUCACCCUCGCCAUCGCUUCAUCCCAGUGUACGAGCCUUUGAAAGCCAACCACCUCACGAGCUGCGCGUCAACCCAAUCGGUUCACGAGGGCAUCUGCUGUGAUGGGCCCUUCUGCUCCACAGGCAAGGGCUAUCCGGCCUACAUUCGUGGAAUCCGUUACAAGUGUGCUGUCUGCCACGACGUCGACUUCUGCGCUAGUUGCGAGGCCAGUCCAUUCUUGCAGCACAACAAAUCCCAUCCGCUUAUCAAGUUCUCGACGCCUAUACGCAACGUGAGCGUCACCACGCACGAUGAGCGCAACGGCCAGGAAACUAUCCUGGGCGACAGAAUCCCUGUUGAGCAGCCGACAACUGCCCCCGCGGCGUCUCAGCCUAUGGUUGAUAACGAUACCCAGGUGUCAAAUGAGGCUGUUGUUGAGAAGGCGGUCGACGAGCCCAGCCAGAAGCAAGAGAAGGAGCAUGUGGUGCCGGACGAUCUGUGUGCCGAGUUUGUUCGCGACACGGUUGUUGACGGCUCCAUCAGGCCACCAAAGCACGUUUUUGAACAGACUUGGACCCUCCGCAACAGCGGCAAGGUCGCUUGGCCUGCUGGGACUUGUGUGAAGCAUGUUGCCGGUGACUACAUGGGCGACGUCGACUCGACCCGCCCUAUCAGCACCGCGCAGCUAUACGUCGCCUCGUUUUCCAAUGCCUGCCCUAGCCCCAUCCUCCCAGGAGAAGAGUUCUCUUUCACCGUCAAGCUUCGCACACCUGCCCAUCCUGGCAAGGUCGUUUCGUACUGGCGUGUAAGCACUUCGGAUGGCUUCCGUUUCGGCCAUCGCCUUUGGUGUGAGGUCAACGUCCGCGACAUCAUGCCUUGCCAACGCCAUCGCUUGCUUCGGGACGGUCUAAAGCACAAGGACAUUGCCGCUACGCAGUCUGACGCGCUCGCUGAAAAGACCCCCGAAGUCGAGGCCGAGGCUGAGACAGCAGAGGAUACCAAGUCUAGCCAGAUGAUCUUCCCCAAACUGGAGAAGGAGUCUCCUGUAGCUAGUGUCCACGAGGAAGUCAAGAGCCAGGCAUCCACCGAGCGUCGCAAGUCAUCCCUUGCUGAAGAGUUCGACGACUGCGGUCAGAGUGUAGACUGGGAUGCGUCGGAUGACUUCUUGACCGACGAGGAGUAUGAUGUUCUUGACGCCUCGGAUGAGGAGCUGUUCGCUCCCUCCAAGUGAGGAAGCUAGGACACGGAAGUUUUGUAUUUCUGGGCGCUUUUUGUCAGGGCUACGAGAUUGUGAUUUAGCCUACUGCGCGACUCUUUUUUUACUACCACGGAUAGGAUACGAUUAGGACACUCCUUGUUGAAGCUCUCCUCUGUUAGUAUCACACUAUGCUCAAUUUGCCUUUCACAACUUAAGGACUAGAAUGUGGUGAAAGAAGUGAUUAUGUGGUUCACUGUGACGACCAGCUAGUACGGAGUAUGACGCAGGUGAAUAACAGCUGCAAGUGAACUGCACGGUCGGUUUCUCAAUGCGGUUUAGUGCUGUUAGUCUAAGGAGCAGGCUUGAUGUGCUCUAAGUGAUUGUGACGGAUUAACAAUGACCCGCGAAAGUUCGGAAUCCUGGAAGCCACUCGCCAGACGGC